AUGGGAACCACUUAGUCAAAUUAGAGAUAACAUAUAAAUUAGAUUCUUAUUCAAGGUAUCGCGACUAUUAAUUGAUUAUUUGCAGAUCAUAACAACAGUCUUUGGAAGAAUGGAACUAAUUUUUUUAGUGGCAAAUAUCAUUAUUUGAAUUCUUCUGGUCAUUAAUGGAAAAAAUAAAGGUUUAAGUAUAUGAUAGAAUAUACUCCAGCUGGAGAGAUGAAAUAUAUUCAUGAUGGUGAAGUUCUUAGAGUGUAUUCUUUAAUUAUUUACAUUAUUUAAGAGAAAAUAGAAUAGAUUAGUAGAAAAGUCCAGAAAUUUUGACUUCGUUAGAAUAAAUUAGAAAUCUUAAAUGGGCUGGAUAAUAUAACAAUUAAAAUUUGCCAAUUGGAAAAUGGAACAUGAUUUGGAGAGGGGAAAAAUAGAUUUAUGGAGGAUUAUAUAAUGAUAAUGGUGAGAAAGAAGGAUAUUGGGUAGAACCUUAUUAAGGAUAUUGGAAGUAAUAAAAUUAAUAUAGUUUAUAUCAGUUUAUGCUAAAUUUUCUUUAUUGGGAUAUACAAUUAAGGUUUCAGAUAAGGAAAGUGGAUCUAUCAAUAAGCUGAGAAAAUUAUGUAAAUAUAAAGUAAUUUUUAAGAGGAGGAGGAUUGUAUAACAAAUAAGGAUAGAAGGAAGGAUUAUGGAAUGAAUUACAUGAAAAUUAUGAUAGGUUAUUAAUUGUUAUUAUUCAGAAAUUUUUAAGUUAUAUUUAAAGGAGUAUAUUAAAAUAAUCACAAAAUUGGAAAUUGGAUUUAUUAGUUUUAUGAUGCUAAUAAAAANAAAUUUGAUAAAUAAGAUUUAAAUAAUAAAUUGUAACCAAUAGAAAGUUUAAAAUUAAAGUACUAGAUAUUAUAAAAAGGAGCAAAAGAAAAGUGCAGAUUAACAAAUCUGCUUUAUGAAAUUUCAAGAAUAUAAUUUAUUCUCUAGGAUAAAUUUGGAGAUUAGAUCUUAUCAUAAAGUCAUUAAAUGGGAGGGAAACUUUUGAACACAUAUAUAGAAUUUCAAAGUUUAAAGGAAUCAAACCGUUUAUAAAUUAAACCUAUAGAUUCUAUUGAUUUGGAAAACUAAUGUUAUGCGAUAGAACCCUUAGAAAUUUUGAUAAAACAAACCUGA